UGCCUUCCAGGAGCCCAGCACCGGCCUGCAUGCCCCGUCCUGGCCCAGAAUGAGCGGACUCGCGGCGUUUUUGCAGAACGAGCUCGUCAACCUCUCGCAGGAAUCCAAAAAGAAAAACAAUGACAUCAAAGAAGCAGCAGAGCGUGUGCUCUAUAUCCUCCGGGCACUGAAAGACAAAGCCAGCAGCUCCAGUGCUCCUCCCGGCGUCGAUGUUGUUGCGCAAGAGCUCUCCAAGACCGAUGAGCCGCUGCGUCCGUUCCUUCUCUCAUGCCAGACCAAGAAUCCAAAGCUGGUGACCAUAGCCGUCGGCUAUGUGUACAAGCUGAUCUCCCACCGCGCCAUUCCCGAGAAAUCUGUCUCUCCGGUUCUCAAGGCACUCUCCGAGCUUGUCGCAACGCCAAUGGAUCUGCAGCUCAAAGUCUUGCAGACUAUUCUUCCGCUGUUCAACAACUACGAGUCGGUCCACGGAGAAGUGCUGGCGGAGUGUCUGGCUCUGUGUUUCAAGCUUCAAGAAUCAAAGAGUCCUGUCGUCAGCAACACUGCCGCAGCCACCAUUCGGCAGUUGGUGAUCCACAUCUUUGACAAAGUAUCAAAGGAAGACGAGCGCUUCCCAGGCAACACGCUCAAGACAGAACGAAUCGACCUGCCUGUCAAUCACAACGCCCUCAACGCGCUGCUUCCCUGCGCCCGCGAUGCCUUUUCGUUCUUUCAGGACUUGUGUCUCAUGACUGUGGGAGAAACCGGCGGCUUCAUGCAGAUCUCGGGCAUCUCCAAGGGAUUUGGGCUUGAGCUGAUCGAAUCGAUUUUGAACAACCACCCGGGUCUCUUCAAACAACACCCUGAGCUGAAGGCUUUGCUGAAGGACCGUAUCUGCCCGAUGGUCAUCAAAUCGUUCUCGGACAAAAACGACUUUGCUAUGACCGUCCGGUUGACGCGACUGGCUCACACUGUUACCAAGCAGUUUAUCGGCGUUCUGUCCAUGGAGUGCGAGAUCUUCAUGUCCAUGUUCAUCAAGGUGCUGGAGGCGGGCGAUCAGGCCCCACUGUGGCAUCGUGUGCUUGUACUCGAGGUGUACAAGAGCAUUUGCAACGACAUCAAUCUCCUGCGCGCCAUCUUCAAUCAGUACGACGCCAAGGACCACUCUGUCAAGAUUUUUUACGAGAUCACGGCUGGCUUUGGCCGGGUAAUCGUUUCCGAGAAGCACUACCUGCUCCAGGCUUCGUCGUCGAUGGCCGGCGAGAGUCCCACCAACACUGGCGGUGUCCUGGGCUCUGCCCUCACGGGAUCAGGCGGGAGCACUGAGUCCUAUGCCGUUACCUUUGCUGGAUCGUCCAUCAAGAUUCCGUGCAUCGAUCAGCUCGACAAAUCCGACCCGCCGUCGUUCCCAGACACAUACCCCUUGAAUCUGGCCAUCCAGUGUCUCGCCAACAUGGUCGAAUCGCAAGCCACGGUGGUGCCUAUCCUCCGCUCCCCCAGCACCACUCCGAGCGAGACCGAGAAGAACGACAUCAUCGUUGCGAUCGAAAUGGCCAAGGCCUCGUGGGGCGGCAUCCUUGGGGCCCUGAACUUUCUCAUCACCGGCUCGGUCGACGACGAUCUCUUUGGCCUCGUCACGCGGUCGUUUACCAACUUUACGGGCGUGAUCGGACUGCUCGGCCUCGUCUCUCACCGCGACGCCUUCAUUGGAUCGCUGUGCAAGGUCUGCGUUCCUAGUUCCGCCGUGAUCAGCGCCGAUAUGCCAAAUCUGCAAAACGUCAGCGGAUUCAGCCUCUUCAACAUCAUGCAGGCUCCGUCUGUCAAGCCCUCAGGCAACCUCGGGGUCCUCACCGAUCGCAAUGUGGUGUGUCUCCGGUCCCUCCUCACAAUCGCGUACACGCUCACGCCCAUCCUCGAAGACAAGGCCUGGUAUCUGAUCCUGGAGACGCUGGAAGUAGCCGACGGACUCUUGGCUGCCGGCAAGUGGGGAAAGGCUGCCCGCGACGACCUGGCCAAGGCCGGCGCUGCUGGCGCCCAGCCCAUCGAAAACCAGUACGUCCUGACCCAAACGCUGAUCAAGAAGCUCUUUGACAUGUCCAAGGAUAUGGGUCUGCGCAGCUUUGCCGAGUUUAUCAAGGCCCUGUGUCAGCUCUGCCGAUCGACGGUCUCCAGAGACGGCGGUCCUGGCAGCGAGCGCGACACUCUCGGCAAGGACACGAAAGGCGCCGAGGAGAAGUCGUUUGCCAUCGCCAAGCUGCAGCAGGUGGCCAUGCUCAACGCCACCCGACUGAUGACGUCGACAGUCGUUGCCGGCGAGGCCGACGGCGCCAAACGCGAGUCUGACACCUGGACUAUCAUCAUGUCGGAGCUCAUCCAGAUUGCGCACGCCCCCAACUAUCCGAUGUCGGUCCGCCUGCAGGUCUGCCAGACGUUCUCGGAGGUGCUCACGGGUGUGUGCCAGGCAUCGGAUCUCAAGGAUCCCAGCGUCGAGAUGAAGAUCCUCGAGCCCGUCAAGCAGCUGAUGCUGGGCACAACGCCGUCGGCGCCCGUGUAUUCGAUGGAGGAGCGCGAGCGCAUCAUGAAGAGCGGCUGGUUCUUUGACAUUCAAAAAUGUGGCCUCGAGACGCUCUUCAAGAUCCUCCAAACCAGCGGCCAGAACCUGUCGCACGGAUGGGAGCUGGUGUUUGAGAUUGUCCAGACACCCCUGGUUACGGGCGCGGGCUCGGCCAAGAAGCGCUUUGCCAAGAGCGUGACCCCCUCCGGGUCGAUUCGCAACUUUGCCAACUCGACCGAUGUCGCGGAUGAGCCUGCUGUGAUCAGCCCGGUCGACAGCAUUGGGGCCUCCGCGGGGCAGGCCCUGCCCUCGGGGACGGCCAUUCUGAAGAACGCCCUGCUGGUCCGCAACGCCUUUCCGAUCCUGCAGCUCAUCUGUACGGACUUUUUGUCGCUGCUGUCGCUGCGAUGCCUGUACGACUGUAUCGAGUCGCUUGGAGGAUUCGGCUCGCAGAACGAGGACCUGAACAUUGGCUUGACCGCAAUCGGGCUCUUGUGGUCGGUCGGAGACUUUGUCCUGACCAAGCGGCAAGGGAUCGAGGGAUCGGCGUCGCCGCAUUUGACUGCCGAGCCCAUCACGGCCGAUACCCUGGACGGACCCAUCACAGUGCAGAGCCUCGAUUUGCUGUGGAUGUACCUGCUCUCGCAUCUGUCGCAGCUGUGUGCUGACACGCGACCGGAGGUCCGCAACUCGUCCAACCAGACGCUCUUCCGCACGAUCACAAUGAACGGACCGCGACUGACGCUCGAGGCCUGGAGCGAGUGUAUCUGGAAGAUUCUGUUCCCGCUCCUCGAGCGAGUCAAGCUCACAAGCGACCGUGUCGAGCAGGACCAGAAGGAACUGACUGGCGAGGGCAUCGAGCUGCCCACACGCGACCGGCCGCUCUCGAUCUCGGGCAGCCUCACACGGGUCUCGGUCUCCAAGAAGCAAGUCUCGACGACGCUCCUGUCGGCUGUGGGGGCGAGUCAGCAUCACUCGCGCAACACCAUGACGAAGCAGUGGGACGAAACCAAGGUCCUGACGCUGGGCGGCGUGACAAAAACUCUGAUCGACUUUUUCCCGCUCCUCCUGAAGCUUGGCAAGCGCUUUGAUGAAGCAUGGAGCCUGCUCCUGGACUACAUCAAGACUUGGUGCCUGUGCAGCAGCCCCGAGGUCUCGAUGGCGGCCAUCAAGGCGUUCCGCUCGCUGGUCCGAUACCCUAUCGAGCAAGGAGGCUUCAAGGCGAUCGAGGGCGUUGGCAGCGAUGUCGCGACAGAGAACCGCCUCAUUGCCUUGUGGAAGACGGCUUGGGACAUUUGGGAGGCAAUCGGCCUCGGGGUGAUCGACUCAACAGACGAAGCCAGAGCCAAGGCGGCGGCGGCAACGACUGACGAGGGCCCCAGCAGCUCCGCCCAAAGCCUCUCGCAGACGGCAGGAAGCAGCAAAGUGCUCCGCGGCAGUCUGUACCACGGCACGUUUUCCCAGGAGGCACUGGCAGCGUACGCGACUCUGUCCGGGGACAUUUACGAAUCCAUUGCGACCGUCUUUACGCUGAACGACUAUCGACGCCUGGCCUAUAUCCUGGUGUCGCUUGCUGGAUACCACACCAAUCCGCUACCGGCGCUGGCAUCGAGCCGCAUGCGCCUGGAUUUCUCAAGCGACCUCGACAACCUGACAGCCGUGCAGACCGCCAUUCUGGAGGUCUUUGUCGGUGAGCUCGGAGACAGCUCGGACGCAGAUGCAGGGACACGCAAGCCCCGUAUCCGAAUCGAGCGGAUUGAAGGUGCCCCAGAGUGCGCGAUCACGGCCCUGUGCGCAUUCGCCCUGAUGCCGCUGGUGCGAGUGUCUGGGUCGGCUCCCAGACUGGGGUCGGAUGCGUCUCUGAGCGCCGCUGCGGGCGGAGGCCCAGAGAGCGUCGCUCCGAGCGCCAACCCGAGCGGCGUGGCAUCCACUGUCGGCACCGACCCCGCCAGCAAGUCCAACUACACAUUCAUUGCACUCAGCCGACGGUCGAUGGAGCUCCUCAAGAUCGUGUACGACCAGUAUUCUGCGCGUGCGUCCAUCUACACCACGGGCUGCUUUGAUGUCAUUGUCGAGUCCCUUGGUGAGCUGAUGAAGUGCAAGUACCAGUGUCCCCCAGUUGGAAACAAGGACGGGGCCGUGGCGCUCUGGAAGCUCGCAUCAAACGCCUUCUUGUCGAUCGCAAAAACAGGCAUGCCCGAGCUCGAGAAGCGGUUUGUCGGAGGGCUGCCUCAGACUGUCCUCGACGAAGUGUAUGCCAAGGUCAUUGACAACUUUGACGGUGUCUUGCUGCCAAAGAGCAAACCCCCGGCAACAGCGACCGCAGACGACUUGGCGACCGACGAGGUCUUUGACAUUUCGGUUCUGCAAACGAUCGAGACGUUUGUGGUUCCUCAUAUGGCCCAAUCCCACGUCUCGGACAAGGUACUGGCCACUCUGAUACAGAUUGCGACUCGGGGUGCCAGCUAUCUGGAGAACACCGCUGGAUUGGAUGGAGACGCUUCAGCACCGCUGGAUGGCCAGCCAAGUGCACUGGAGCCGGUCCGUCGAGCCAAGUUUGCCACCGAGUGUUUCGAGGUACUCUUUGGAUUCUGCGCCGAGGUCAGUCUCAAGACGACAGAGACGGAAGAAGCCCGCACUCGGGUGGCGGAAAUCGCUGUGCCGGCUCUGAUCCAGAAGGCCAAGGUGGUGCUCAAGACAUUCCAGGCACGAUCAAGCACUGCCGAGGGUGCUGCCCACGGCGCUCUCCAGCUGGCCUUUGUGCAGGAAACCCAGUUCCUCCUGGAGCACCUUGCGGCACUGAACGUGCGCCCUGGGGUCCUGAUCAAGACCGUGGUUGACUUGAAGGUGUCGCCGAUUCGGUCGCAUAUCCUAUCUGGGCGAUCGGCGCACUUGUUUUGCAUCUACCACGACCUGUGCGACUGCCUGAGCGUGCUAUCGGCCUCGAAGAGCGCCGAAGAGGCGGCUGUGACGGCGGCGAUCAAGCUCUGUCUGGAAAAGAUUGGCAAGGAACUUGGCUUGGAUUCUGUGGCGUUAUCGUUCUGACCAGCCGCGACAUGGUGCACCGACUCUGCACCAGUGCAAUCUUGAGUGCGAUGGGGGGAGGUGUGGCUGAAGAACAAGUAACGACAUCCAGCAUGCUCAAAACGAAACAGGACACCCUGUUCGGUUCAGGGCUGUCGCUGUUCCUGGGGCCCCGAAUACACACCCAUUCCUCUAUUG